AUGAGGUUGGUUGAGUGGAAAGAGGCUUUUGAUCCUAAUAAUCCAGCCAAUUCUGGAGUUAUCGAACGUGACAAUGUUCAAAAUGGAAAUGCUGGAGAAGAAAAAGAAGAGCGCCUUGUAGCAGAUGGGUCUAAGGACGAUAAUGAUGACGAAGAGGAGUUUGAUGACAUGAAAGAAGGGGAUGAUAUCCUAGAUCUGGCUGAAGAGAGAAAUGCUUUGACAGAGAAGAAAAGACAACCUUUAUACAGAAAAGGAUAUGAUGUUCAUGUGAUAGCUGUAAAGAAGGAGAGCUUGCUUACAGGGAAGAAGAUUAUUGUGGUUGAUGAUAAUAUAGUAAACCGGGGAGUAGCUGCAGGAGCUCUCAAGAAAUUUGGAGCAGAGGUUGUUUGUGCAGAGAGUAGUCAAGUUGCUUUGGGUUUGCUUCAGAUUCCUCACAGUUUCGAUGCUUGCUUCAUGGAUAUUCAAAUGCCUCAAAUGGACGGGUAA